AUGUCGGAUGGGUACACCCAACUCAACCUGAUCGAUAUGUUUCGACGGGUACGAGGUGGAAAUAAUAGCAACAGUAGUCCAGGAGGCAGAGGCAGAGGAAACAGUGAAAAUGGAAGACCACAAGAAUCAGGAUCUCGCGGCAGAGGAGUUGUCAGAAACAGAGACAGCAGAGAUAACUCAUCUUCACGUUACUCAAACAGUCCAGGGUCCGGAUCUCGACAUAGAGGAGGAGGAGGAGGGUCAUCAAGGGGUGGGGGUGGAGGUUAUAGACUCAGAGGAAGUAAUAGAGACCGUGGAGGUGACAGGAAUAAUCGUGGUAGAGGACAUCGUUUGAAUGGCAAUGAAACAGAAGAAGGAGAAGGAGAAGAAGAAGUAUCUGAUGCAAUGGAUGUGGACGUGGGGGUUACCGUUCCCUUCCCUCAGGGCACUUCAACUAUGUUACGUGCAGGUCGGGCGUCUAGCGGUGCACUCAACAAACUCAAUACCGCCCAUGCAGUAAUAAUCCAGGCAGAAUCUCCAAUAGUUUCAACAGCUUUAUUCGGCCAAAAGGCCUUGGGCUAUAUGUACAACGCUGUCGACAUCAAACCUCUCGGACAAAACUACUGUCCGAACUACAGACUUCCCCCAGAAGACCCACAAGCCGGACAGAUCGGUUGUAGGAUCAAAGUAGUAAACCAAGAUACAUUCACCUGCGCGGAGGAAAUGGUCAAGCGCCACAAUUUCGAACAAAGCCAAAUGUUGAUUGCUAGAAACCAGGGUAAUGCCGAACCGGAUCUGCACCCGGUCGACAAUGGAGUUGUAUGUCUCAAUAUGGCCAACGCGCAUAGUAAAGGCGGUGGAUUCACCUCCGGAUCUAGCGCUCAGGAAGAAGCUCUUAUGCAUCGAUCGACUCUGUGGGCAACCCUCGACCAGGCCUUCUACCCUUGGACGGACACAGAAGGAGUAUACUCUCCAUACGUCGCAGUCUAUAAGAAAUACAACCCCGGUGAUCCCGCCAAUCCAGGGGAUGCAGGAUCAUAUACAGCACUAGAAAGAGCCGAAGCAAUCCUCAAUGCAAAGCCGCCUCCAACCAAAGCAAAUCAAAUAGCUUUACCGGGUCCCCCACUCUCAGAGGUCGCGGUCAUCAGCAUCGCUGCAAUUAGCAGACCCGCGACUACCACGGCUGCGGAUGGUACGGAGGAUUACACCGACCCGUACGUCAGAGAUCUGAUGUACUUGAAAGUUCGCCAAAUGCUACGAAUUGCCGCGUUGAAUGGACAUCGUAGGUUGGUCCUUGGCGCUUUGGGUUGUGGAGCUUUCCGCAAUCCUAAGCAAAGGGUGGCGGAGAUAUUUUUGUCCGUGCUUCAGGAAGCUGAGUUCCAGGGUGGAUGGUGGAAGGAGAUUACAUUUGCGUGUUUUGAUAGGGAUACCAGUCCAGCAUCUAACCCUUAUAUAUUUGGGAAAGUUCUAGGUGGACAGGUUGUUUGA